CCGGCCGGCUCCUAGAUGCCUUUGUCGCUGGCCGGGCCUCCACAGUGUUGUUCGCGAGGUCGAGCCUGGGCUCCAGGAGGGCUGAGCGCGUGUCCUUCUGAGUCUGAGUGGCCGGAAGGAGGGCGGUGGAGGGCCCCCGGGUGGAGGACACCGGGCUGCCCAGCUAUAGGGUCGCGCGCGCGUGUUCCCGGGCCUCGGGGUGGACUAGAGCUGUGGACCCCCGGCCCCUAGUGCGUUCGUCGCGCCAUUCUCCCACGGUCGUCACUUGCGCCGGCGGGGAGGAAGUCGCCAUGGAGCCUAAGGGCAGAGGGUCACUUUCUGAGAAUUCAGACCUUCCCCAUGCUGGAAACCCAAAAGAAAAUGGCCUGACCACUGUGCUGCUGACCCCUGCAUCCCAGGAGUCGAUGAUCAGGGAUAUGGCUGAAGCUGUCACCCAGUGGGGGCAGCUGAACGCUCCUCAAGGAGAUGUGCCUGAGAAGCAUAGGAAUCUGGUCUUGCUGGGGCUUCCAAUUUCCAAGCCUGAUGUAAUCUCUCGGUUGGAGUGUGGGGAGGAGCUGGAGAGAGAAGUCUCUAAAGCAACUAGUCCAGGACCGGAAUGCAAGGAGCUAACUCCAGAGCAGGACAUUUCUGAAGAAGAAUCAGCCCCUGUUAACACCGGGGUGUUAAUAGAGAGAUUUCCAAAGGAAAGUUCCAGUGAAUGUGAGGAUUCUUUAGAGAGUCAGCAGGAAAACCAUGAGAAACAUUUAAUACAAGAGGUUGUCCCUCAGAAGAAACCUUCUGGGGAGAGAAGUUACCAGUGUGAUGGAUUUGGAAGAAAUUUUAGUCGGAGGACAUUACUUGUUCAGCAGCAAGGAGAGCAACGACACACUUGUGAUUCACUUAAAAAGAACUUGAAACAAAAUUCAGAUCUAAUGAAACAUGAGAAAAUUUGUGCAGAAAAGAAGCCUUGGAAGUGUAAUGAGUGUGAAAAGGCCUUUAGUUACUACUCAGCUUUUGUCUUACAUCAGAGAAUUCACACAGGAGAAAAACCCUACGAAUGUAAUGAAUGUGGUAAAUCCUUUAGUCAGAGCAUACACCUUACUCUACACCAGAGAAUUCAUACGGGAGAGAAACCUUACAAAUGUCACGAAUGUGGGAAAGCCUUCAGUCACCGCUCAGCCCUUAUUCGGCAUCAUAUAAUCCAUACUGGGGAGAAACCCUAUGAAUGCAAUGCAUGUGGGAAGGCCUUUAAUCAGAGUUCAUACCUCACUCAACAUCAGCGAAUUCAUACUGGAGAGAAACCUUAUGAGUGUAAUGAAUGUGGGAAGGCCUUCAGCCAAAGCACAUUCCUUACCCAGCAUCAGGUCAUUCACACUGGAGAAAAACCCUAUAAGUGUAAUGAAUGCAGGAAAGCUUUUAGUGAUCGUUCAGGCCUUAUUCAGCACCAGAGAACUCAUACUGGGGAGAGGCCUUAUGAGUGUAAUGAAUGUGGGAAAGCCUUUGGCUACUGUUCAGCCCUGACUCAACACCAGAGAACUCACACUGGGGAGAAACCCUACAAAUGCAAUGAUUGUGCCAAAGCCUUCAGUGACCGCUCAGCCCUUAUUCGUCAUCAGAGAACACACACUGGAGAGAAACCUUACAAGUGUAAGGAUUGUGGAAAAGCUUUCAGCCAGAGCUCAUCUCUUACAAAGCAUCAGAAAACUCACACUGGAGAAAAACCUUAUAAGUGUAAGGAAUGUGGAAAAGCUUUCAGCCAGAGUUCAUCCCUUUCUCAACAUCAGAAAACUCAUUCUGGAGGGAAAACCAAGGAAUAUGGAAAAGCCUUUAGUGAGCAUUCAGCCUUUGGCCAGCAAAAGAGAAUUCAUACUGGAUAAAGGUCAUGUACAUGUAGUAUAUUCAGAACACAUUUAUUGAACAAUUACUAUACAUGCUGUGAGGGCUACAAAGGAAUUUAAGACUGUGUUACAAAAAAAGAUUUAAUUGAGAAGUCAUUGUUGAUAUGGGACAUAGCUUAUUUAGAGUGUGAAAGAAGGGUUUUACAUUUUUUAAAGUAACAGAGGACGUUGUGUAUUUCCCUGGAGAGAGGGGAAAAUUAUUUCCAACACCUUAAUGUGUGUGUAAGCUACCAAAUCCUUGCCAGAGAAAUAAGGUGUGCCAUGAUGGAAAGAGGCCAUCUUGGCUGGGGUAGGUGGUCUCAUAAUGCUAAGGAGAUGAAGUUUUGAAGGGAUAAAUGGUCCUUUUAGGCAAGUUGCAAGGGUGGAAAUAAGAGGUUGGCAAUUCACAGUGAACCUGUACAGGGUUGAGAGUGGUGGUGGAAGGGACGUUGUCUGUGGUCUUAAAUACCAGAGCACUUAGGAGGUGGAUAAUAAGAAUAGACAAAAAGAGCUGGGGGAUGAACUCAGGAAAUGUUGAUUGAGAUAACUACUCAAAUGAGUACCAAGAACCAGGAAAAAUAUCAGUCAGGCUUGUUAGUUGGUCACAAAGUUUCCACCUUGAAGGCAAGGAAUGUUGGCCUGGCAAGUCCACUUCUGCACUUUUGGUCUUUUAGACCAUGUUCAUUGAGAAGUUACCUACUAAGAAUCACAUUAACUCCAAGGGUCAAGACUGACAACCUAGAAAGGGAGACUACAGAAGGGACCUCUGAUGCUUUCAACCUGUUUUAAGCUGAGUUACCUGAGAAUGUGCAUAUUUAUAAAAAUUUGCCUCAGUUGUAUGUAGUUUGUACCCUAGGCUUUUUCAUGCCAUCGUUUAAUUUAGCUGUAGACCUGAACUGACGCUGCAUAUUAGGUUGUAAACAACUUGAAAACACUAGAAAUCCUUACCUUUCAUCAUUUUACUCUUGAAUAGAGGCAGGUGACAUAUUUGGUUUUUUUCACUGAAACUUUGAAGAUUAUUUUUGCAAACAUUUUGAGUACUGUGUUUUUAGUGGUUACAAGUUUGACUGUGAUGUCUUAGUGUGCAUUUCUUUCAGUUUAUCCUGCUUUCUGUGCUUCUUGAGGCUGUAGGUGUGUGUCUUUUGCCAGAUUUGGGGGAUUCUCAGCCACCAUUUCUUUGAAUACAUUUUCAGCCCCCACCCCCACCCUUCUAACAAAUGUUAGAUCUUUAGUCUCACAGGUUCCUGAGACUCUGUUUACUUACUCUUUGGUACGUUUUUAUCUUAGUCUGCAUGGGUUGCCCUAGCAAAGUGCCAUAGCCUGGGUGACUCAAACAACAGAGAUUAAUUUCUCACAGUUUUGGAGGCUGGAAGUCCAAGAUCAAUGUGUCGGCCUUGGUCUCUGAUGAGGGCUCUCUUCCUGGCUUGCAGGUGGCUGCCUUCUUGCUGUGUCCUUACACGGCCUUUUCUUGGUGCCUGAGCAUGGAAAGAAAGAAAGCGCUUGCUGUCUUCCUCUUGUAAAACCACCAGUCCUAGCCGCUUAGGAAUCCAGCCUUAUGACCUCAUGUAGCCUUAAUUUACUCUGAAAAACCCUGUCUCCAAAUACAGUCUCAUUGGAAGUUAGCACUUCAACAUAUGAAUUUUGGUGGGAUACAAUUCAGUCCAUAGCAUUUCAGUCCCUGGCCCCGAAAUUCAUGUUCUCACGUGCAAAAUACAUCCACUCCCUCCCAACAACCUCCAAAGUCUUAACUUAUUGCAGCAUCAACUCUAAAGUCAAGUUCAAAGUCUCAUCUAAAUAUCACAUAAAUGAGAUAUGGGUGAGACUUGAAGUAUCAUUCAUCCUGAGGCAAAAUUCAUGUCCAGCUGUGAACCUGUGACACCAGAUAGGUGAUGUGCUUCCAAAAUUCGAUUAUGGGACAGCAUAUGGUAGAUGUUCUCACUCCAAAAGGGAGAAGUAGGAAAGAAGGAAGGGGUGAUGGAUCCCAAGCAAGCCCAAAACCUAGCAAAGCAAACUCCAUGAGAUCUUCAGGUGAAGAUAAACCUCUCUAGCUUUGUGUCCCACCUUCCAGACCUGCUAGUGCAGCCAUCCUGCUGCCAAGCUCUGCUGGGCAGCCCUUCCUCCAAACUGUGGCUGGAGGCUGUCUGGCCUGUUGAAACCAAGGUGAUGUCCCCACCCUUUGAAGCUGAGGAGGCAGCCUCAAGAUCUCUGAGUCGACUUCAGAAUCAUUCUUCCCUUUCUUGAAGCACAGCGCACGUUUGCAGCUGAAUAAGCUCUAUUGUCUGGCCCUAUAGGAUCUAAGAAGUCCAACAGCCUUCCUUCAUUUGUCUGGUUUUUCUAUCCCCUUUAAUCCCAGCUGGCUGUGUUUCUGCUGGUAUAGUCCCAUUUCUGUCCCUGGCUUCUGCUGAGAUGGCUGAUUAAAUCUAUGAGUCACACCCAUGAUCUCUUUAUCAAAUGGUUGCUCAGCCUCGCCCUUAGUGUUCUCUUCAGAACAAGUUUUCUCGUGUUUUGCAACAUGGAUAGAAUUUACCAAACCUCUAAGUUCUAGUUCCUUUUGGGUUAACAAUUCCUUUUUCAUUCCUCUCUCUCCUCUCGAAUUUUUUUUUUCUUGGCUGGGUUGGGUCUUUGUUGCUGUGCACAGGCUUUCUCUAGUUGUGGCGAGUGGGGGCUAUUCUUCGUUGAGGUGCACAGGCUACUCAUUGCGGUGGCUUCUCUUGUUGCUGAACGUGGGCUCUAGACGCGUGGGCUUCAGUAGUUGUGGCGCACGGGCUCAGUAGUUGUGGCACACAGGCUUAGUUGCUCUGCAGCAUGUGGGAUCUUUCUGGACCAGGGCUCAAACCAGUGUCCCCUGCACUGGCAGGCGGAUUCUUAACCACUGUGCCAUGAGGGAAGUCCCUCUCCUCUCGAAUUUUGCUCUAAUCAGUAAGGAGGACCCAAGCUAUGCCUUCAAUACUUUGCUUGGAAAUCUCCUCUGUUGAACAUCCAGUUUCAUUGCUCACACGUUCUACAUUCCACAGAACACUGGAACACAGUGCAGUGAAGUUCUUUGCCACUUUACAACAAGGAUUGCCUUUCUUCCCGUUUCCAACGAUGUGUUCCUCAUUUCUGAGGUCUGAGACCUCACCAGAAUGGCCUUUAAUACCCAUAUUUCUAGGAGGCACCUCAAAACUCUUCCAGCCUCUAUCCGUAACCCAGUUCCAAAGCUACUUCCACAUUCUUAGGUAUUUGUUAGAGCAGCAUCCCUCUUCUAGGUACCAAAACCUAUCUUAAUCUGUCUAGGUUCCAAAACAAAAUACAGGCAGACCUCGUUUUAUUGUGUUUCAUUUUAUUGCGCUUUGCAGGUAUUGUGGGAUUGUUUUUUGUUUUUUGUUUUACAAAUUUAAGGUUUGUGGCAACCCACUGUUGAGCAACUCUAUUGGCGCCAUUUUUCCAGCAGCAUUUGCUCAGUUCGUGUCUCUGUGUCAUAUUUUGGUAAUUCUCUCAAUAUUCCAAACUUUUUCAUUAUUAUUAUAUGUGUUAUGGUGAUCUGUGAACAGUGGUCUUUGAUGUUACUAGUAUGACUCGCUGAAAGUUAGCAACUUUUAGCAAUAAAGUAUUUUUAAAUCAAGGUACAUACUUGUUUUUUAGACAUAAUACCAUUGCACACUCGAUAGACUACAGUAUAAAGAUAACUUUUAUAUGUACUGGGAAACCAAAAACAGUAUGUGACUCACUGUUGCGAUACUCACUUUAUUGUGGCUUUCUGGAACUGAACCCACAAUAUCUCUGAGGUGUGCCUGUACCAUAGGCUGGGUGGCUCAAACAACAGAGAUUUAAUUCUCACAGCUCUGGAGCUGGGAAGGCCAAGAUGAUUUGGUUUCAAGGGGCCAGCUGAUUUGGUUUCUGGUAGGAGCUCUCUUCCUGGCUUGCAGGUGGCCACCUUCCUGCUGUGUUCUUAUGGCCUUCCCUCAGUGCAUGGGUGUGGAGAGAGAGAAUUCUUUCUCCCUUUUCUUAGAAGUCUACCAGUCUUAUCACAUUAAGACCCCAUACUUAUAACCUCACUUAACCUAAUUACCUUCUAAAAACCCCAUCUCUAAAUACAGUCAUAUUGGGGGUUAGGGCUUCAACAUAUAAAUUUGGGGGACACAGUUCAGUCCAUAGCAAUUUUCUCUUUGUUGUUCAGAUUGGUUAUUUUCUAUUGUUCUGUCUUCAAGUUCACUGGUUCCUCUGUCCCUUCCAUUCUACUAUUUGAGCCCAUUAUUGGGUUUUACGUCAGUUAUUGUAUUUUUCACUUGCAUUUGAUUCUCUAUUCUAUUUCUCUGCUAAGACUUCUAUUUUUUAAAUUUGUGUCAAGUGUGUUUGUAAUUGCUCACCGAGGCAUUGUUAUAAUGACUGUUUUAAAAUCCUUGUCAGGUAAUUCGCACAUCUGUGCCAUGUCAGUGUUGGCAUCUGUGGAUCAUCUCACUCAGGUUGAGAUUUUCCUGGUUCUUGUGUGAUGAGUGAUUUUCCAUUGAAAUCUGGACAUUUUGAGUAUUAUGAGGCUCUGACUCUGUUUGGAGCUUCUGUCUGAGCAGCCUUCCUCUGACACUGCUCUGGUGGAAAGGGUUGGGGGGACACUGCCUUAUGAGUAUACGUUGGUGUUGGAAGUCCCGGCCCAUCAUUGGCCUCUGUUGACACGUGGGACAGGGAUCCUCAGUACUGCUGGGCUGGGGGUGGGGAGGAGUGCCAGCUCCCCACGUGGCCUCCACUGGCACCACACCAGUAAGGAAGGGGAGAGACGUCUUGUCCCUGGGUAGGGUUGGAAGCCUAGUCUCCCCAGAGGGUCCCCGGUGACACUGCUGGGGUGGGAUGGGGGAGGGGUUGGCUUUGACAAUCCUGUCCCCCACUUGACCUUCUCUGACACCACUCAGGGUGGGGAUGGGGCAUUGAGGAGCCUCAUUACAGCCUGUGAGGGUGGAUGUGUAGGCUCCCCACUUGGCCUUUGUUGUUUGUGGAUAAGACCACAGUGUUUUUCCAUGGUCUCUGGCCGGAGUAGGGUGGUUCUUGUCUAAAAGUUUUCUGUCUUGCUAAGCUGCUCUUUUCCUAGUCCUUUGGCUAGAAAGAGCAGACUUUUCUUGGGCUUUUUUUUUUUUUUUUUUUUUUGGUCUGUGCUUGUUGGUGUUUCUGGAUUGCCUGCUUCUUCAGAACCCAGUCUGGGACAAAUGAAGCAAAAAGAAAAGCCAAGGAGCUCUGUGUUGUUCUUCGGGUCCAGAGGUCCCCAGCCUGUCUGUAUUCUCUCCACCUUUCAGAAUCUUAUGUUGUUUUCUAUAGAACGUCCAGGGGUUUUAGCUAUACUUAGAGAAAUAGGGGAAAUCACCACUCCAUCUUUCCCAUGACAUCCUCCAUCUGACACUGAAAUGGCAGGUCAAGUUGCAUCAAAGGUUUGUAGCUUACACCGGGCAUUUGUAACCAAGUAAGGACCAAGAGGAAUGCUCACUUGUUCCCCAAAGAUACAUUGCCUGGUUGGAAGGUAGAAACUAUCAGGCUGCAAGUGUCAUCUAGCUUUGAGGGAACUAUAGUUUUUAAGUUGAGGAAAUACCAGCAUUUAAUUAUAGUUUACAAAUUCAAGAAGGAAGGAUAGAUAUGACUAAGAAUAUAAACUAUGAGGUUAAACAUUUUUAUUUGUAUCUUUGUUCCAAGAACAUGUGAGAACCACUGGAGAAUUAGAUUCAGAAUUUUGUGUUUUUUUCCUAUUAUGUAUUAUCUAUGUGUGGAUAUCACAGAGAACCAACAAAAUAAAGAAGGAAAAUAAUUGGGAUUUGGGACAAAUCACGUCAUCCUUUUAAAUCUGUUUCCUCAUUUAUAUAUAUUUUAAAAUGUCAUACCUCCUUGAGAGUGGCUAGAUUAGGUAGAUAAUGGGUGCAGAGUGAUUUGUAAGCUAUCAAGUGCUGUAUGACUAUUAGGUAUUGGUAUAGCUGUUUAUAUGACCUGUCCAUCAUGUAAGCUUUAUGAUGGUGUAGCCCAAUAAAAUGAUGAAUAUAA